AUGGAUACCAGCGCGUACGGUUCGGUUAAGAAAUCUUCCCCUCGCCAGGCGGCUUCGCUUGGCCGCACAUUGGGCCCGGUUCCCGACUUGGAACGGCACCUGCCGCAAGAAUGGUGGCGUACGCUGUUCAAUUCGGUGUACCUGAAGACCGAUGGUGACGUGGUCGAGAACGACACGGCCACCCAGUACGAGCUGAACGCGAUCGUGCAAGCCACCGGAUUAGAACCGAACGAUCGGGUGCUCGACCUGUGCUGCGGGCAUGGUCGCCACUGUUUGGAACUGGCCCGACGGGGCUUUCGCAACGUGACGGGCGUGGACCGCUCGCGGUACCUCAUCCGCUUGGCCCGACGGCGAGCCAAGAAAGAAGGCCUGAGCGUUUCCUUCCACGAGGGUGACGCCCGGCGGUUUCGCUUGAAGGACGCCAACUUCCACUGCGCGAUGCUGCUGGGCAAUUCAUUCGGCUACUUCGAUCGCGAAGAGGACGACCGCGCGGUGCUCAAGUCGGUGCGGCGUGCCCUGCACGGCGGUGGUUCGAUCGUAUUGGACUUGGCCGACGGCGACUGGCAGCGCGAGCACUUCGAACCGCGUAGCUGGGAGUGGAUCGACCAGAACCACUUCGUGUGCCGCGAACGUUCGCUUUCGGCCGAUCGCAAGCGGUUGAUCUCGCGCGAAGUGGUCGUGCAUGCCGAACGCGGCGUGAUCGUCGAUCAGUUCUAUGCCGAGCGGCUGUACUCCCGCGAUUCGAUCCUAUCGCUGUUGGAAGAAUGUGGCUUUGAUCAAUGUCGAGUGAACGAGUCGAUCGUGGCCAACUCCACGCGUCAGCAAGACCUGGGGAUGAUGGCCUGCCGGAUUUUGAUUUCGGCCCGUUCGACUCGCGACACGGCCAAGCCAAAGGCCAAGAAACCGCUACUGGACGAAGUGACGGUGCUGCUGGGCGACCCACGUUUGCCCGAUAGUUGCAAGCGCGAUGCCCAAUUCAACCCCGAGGAUAUGGAGACCAUCCAGAAGCUGAAGGACACGUUGGGCGAACUCGAGCAGUUCAAGUUCACCUACUUGGACAACCACGCGUCGCUGGUGAGCGACUUACGGUCCGAUCCGCCGAAGUUUGUGUUCAACCUGUGCGACGAAGGCUUCGACAACGACGCCUUCAAGGAGUUGCACGUGCCGGCCAUUCUGGAAAUGGCGAACAUUCCUUACAGCGGCGCCGGCCCUGCCACGUUGGGUCUGUGCUACAACAAGUCGCACGUUCGCAGCAUUGCCGACGCCCUGGAUGUGCCGGUCCCGCUGGAAUCGUUCUUCGAUCCCGACGAUCAGUCGGCCACGCUACCCUCGGUGUUGCCGGCGUUGCUCAAGCCAAACUUCGGCGACAGCAGUGUGGGCAUCACGAAGGACUCGGUGGUCGAAACUCCUGAGGCCUUCAUCGGCCGACUGGAAGAAAUGCGGGACGAGUUCCCCGGCGUGUCGCUGUUGAUUCAGGAAUACCUGACCGGCAACGAGUACAGCGUCGGGAUCAUCGGCAACCCGGGCUUUGGAUACCGGUUCUUGCCUGUGCUUGAAGUCGAUUACAGCGGACUGGAUAAGGGGCUGCCGAAGAUCCUCGGUUACGAAUCGAAGUGGCUGCCUGACUCGCCGUACUGGACGCAAAUCAAGUACCACGAGGCCGACUUGGAUGAGGCCACCACGCGACGGCUUUAUGAUCAUUCGAGCUUGCUGUUCGAACGCUUGGGAUGCCGGGACUACGCCCGAUUCGAUUUUCGGGCCGAUGCUGAAGGGCAAAUCAAGCUGCUAGAAGUGAACCCCAAUCCAGGCUGGUGCUGGGACGGCAAGUUCAACUACAUGGCCGGGUUCGCAGGUAUGCGAUAUGCCGACCUGUUGGAGGCCAUCAUCGAGGCCGCCCAGACGCGCUACACCAGCAACGGUAAAAAUCGGACGAACCGGGUAGCGCGUACCGCUCAGAAGCAGCAGUUCCGCUACUCGUUUCUGAAGAUUCUCAGCGGGUUCGAUCUUUCGCACCGCCGUGUGCCGUACAUGCAGGCCGUCAGCCCAAGCCCAGGGCCCACACUCUGGCUGACGGCUUGCUGUCACGGCGACGAGGUCGGUGGGAUCGUCGUCGUGCAAGAAGUGUUCAAGCGGUUGAAGAAGCAUCCGCUGGUGAAAGGCGAACUGCACGCCUUUCCGCUGAUGAACCCGCUGGGGUUCGAAGCCGCCGCCCGACACAUCACGCUGAGUGAAGAGGAUCUGAAUCGGGCGUUUCCAGGGAACGCCUCGGGGAGCCUGGCCGAGCGGAUCGCGCAUACGAUCUUCGGCACCAUCACGAAGACGCAGCCCGACCUGGUGCUGGAUCUACACAACGACUGGAUCCGUUCGAUUCCUUACGCCGUGCUCGAUCCGCCGGCGCAGACGAAGGCGUCGGAAGCGGAAGCCCAGGCAGAGUCGCUGGCGGCGGCCACCGGUUUUUUGGUUGUGCUGGAGCCGAACCCUUUGCGGAGAACGUUGUCUCAUUCUUUACUGCGUGAAGGCAUUCCGGCGGUGACGGUCGAGCUGGGCGAAUCGUUCGUGGUGAACGAGACAAACGUCGACUUCGGAGCCAGGGCGGUGUUCAACGUGCUCGGGCAACUCGGCAUGGUCGAGGAGUGCGAGACGUUUGAGUAUCCGCUGCCCGAGGCUCUGCACGACCGGCGGCUGCUGACUUACAGCCAGAACCCAAGCAGCUCGACGAGCGGCAUCAUUCGUUUCCUGGUCCGUCCGGGGGCGAUGGUUCGCCAGGGGCAGCCGGUGGCCAAGAUCGUGAACGCGUUCGGUCGCCUGUGCGAAACGGUGGUGGCCCCGCAGGAUGCCAUCGUGCUGGGGCUUUCCGACUCGUCGGUCGCCUAUCCCGGGGCCCCCAUAAUGGCGUUCGCCACGCUGUAA